AUGCUGGCACCCACCCGCUUUCUGAUGCUGCUGCUGCUGCUCCUGCCUCCAGGAACCCCCAGUCCGGAUCUCCCCCCUAAAUUCUACAAAGUCAAGUUCAUCUCCAGCUGCAUCAAUGCCGCCCUAUCAGGGGCCAAGGGAGACCAGCUGGAGGGACCUCUGCCACAGAGCAAAAGAAAUUUCUUCAUGGAGGAGAUCCAGGAGGAGCAGAAAGGAAAGAGGGAAGUGGAGAUGGGGAAGAGAAGCCCUCUUGGUGUUGCCAGAUACAAAGCUCCCAACCCGCAGCUGAGGGGAAAACUGCCCCAGGACAAAGCCAAGAGCAACAGGCGAGCCCAAUUCACCCUGUCACUGGAUGUCCCCACCAAUAUUAUGAAUGUCCUCUUUGACAUCGCCAAGGCCAAGAAUGUGAGGGCCAAAGCAGCGGCCAACGCCCAGCUGCUGGCCCAGGUAGGCCGGAGGUAG